GAUGAUAUAGAAUACAAUAAUGAAUCUUGCAAUACUAAUUCAGAUAAUAAUACCUCUGAGGAUGAAACAACUUUUGUUGAUGCUCCAGAAAUAUUUGAUGAGACAAAUUUUAAUAUAACAUGGAACCCAGAAGACCAAUUUGGCAUAUUUGAAAACUUCAUGAUGAUGACAAUAUUUAU